GACAUUGCUCCCUCUGUCAUGGGAAGGCUCCCCGGCAUCAGGGCUGGCAGGGCAGAGGACAGGGGUCAGUGCUGGCAGGGUAGAAGACAGGAAUCACUGCUGGCAGGGCGGAGGACAGGGAUCACUGCUGGCAGGACAGAAGACAGGGAUCACUGCUGGCAGGGCAGAGGACAGGGAUCACUGCUGGCAGGACAGAAGACAGGGAUCACUGCUGGCAGGGCAGAGGACAGGGAUCACUGCUGGCAGGGCAGAGGACAGGGGUCACUGCUGGCAGGACAGAAGACAGGGAUCACUGCUGGCAGGACAGGGGACAGGGAUCACUGCUGGCAGGACAGAGGACAGGGAUCACUGCUGGCAGGGCAGAGGACAGGGGUCACUGCUGGCAGGGCAGAGGACAGGGGUCACUGCUGGCAGGGUAGAGGACAGGGGGGGUCAGUGCUGGCAUGACAGACUACAGGGUCACUGCUGGCAGGGCAGAGGACAGGGGUCAGUGCUCGCAGGUAGAAGACAGGAAUCACUGCUGGCAGGGCAGUGGACAGGAAUCACUGCUGGCAGAGCAGAGGACAGGGGUCACUGCUGGCAGGACGGAGGACAGGAAUCACUGCUGGCAGGGCGGAGG